AGUCAGAAAGCUGUUGACAUGGAACGCGUUGAGUUCACGCCCCGGAGUUAUCCGACCAAUCUCAUUAAGAAAGACUGGUCGGAAAGAAAACAUUACCAUAACAAAAAUAUUGGACCAUUUCUGGAUUUGGUCCACGACAUGGAAAUGCACGAUGAGGAUGUGUUUAUUGUAACCCUUCCGAAGUGUGGAACCACUUGGAUGCAGGAACUUCUCUGGCUGGUGAUCAAUAAUUGCAACUUCACAGAGGCCUUGUCCAAAGAUCUAGAGCUACGUACUCCGUUUUUAGAGUUCGAUUAUCAGAUACACGGGGAGCUGGAUAGGGCAUUCAAGCCUGUGGAUGAUCUGAAAGAUCCCCGCCUCAUUAAAUCUCACCUUCCAUUGGCCCUACUUCCAGCCAAGCUCUGGGAGCGAAAAAACAAAGUAAUUUACGUUUUCCGAAACCCAAUAGAUGCUUAUGUAUCCAGAUAUUAUCACGGAGUAACCUUUGGCCAUUAUUACGGAAAAACGUUGGAGGAAGUUUUCGAAAAGUUUAUUGAGAAAGAAGAAUCUGUUAUUAAUGUCAUGGAACAUGCCCACGAGUUCUAUUAACUUCGCCACGAACCUUGGGUCUACUAUACCAGUUUCGAGCAGAUGAAGAAGAAUCUUCGGGGAGUAAUCGACGACGUGUCUAGAUUUCUUAACAAACCUGUAACCGAGAAGCAAAUGGAAAAGUUGCUGAAACACUUGUCUUUUGAAGAAAUGAAAAAAAACCCAACCACGAAUCACUUAUGGGAGCUGUCCCAAGUUAAGAACAAAGACGCUGGCAAGGAGAAACACAAUUUCGUGCGACGAGGACAAGUUAAUGGCUACAAAGAUGAGCUAAAACCAGAACAAAUUGCAAAAGCAAAUCUUAUUAUUCAACGCUAUCUCGAUAAAAACGGAGUAACCCUCAACGAGCUACUUCUUAUAAAUGAAUAAAUAUUUAUAAAAGAAAUGAAUGCAAUAAAAAUCCAAAUAAACAUCUGAUUCUAAAUCGUAA